AUGGGAGCAGUGAGCCCCAGCUGGGCACAGAAAGGACAGAAGAAGCAUAAGGAAAGAGGCGGGAAGCAGCAGAGGGCACACUCGCCAACCGCUUCACUCAGCCAGAGGCUUCCCAACGCUGGGAAAGAGGUGCCCGCAGGGGAAAGAGGGCUGAGAGCGCACACCCAGGGGCCAGUGACCGAUGUAGCAGAGUCACUCUCCAGCACAACAGUAUCGAUUAAGACAGAAACAUAUGCAUUCCUGCCAUGGACAUACCCUGGUUCAGGAAAUGCAGAAAUUUCUAUGAAUUUAAAGAGUGUGCAGACCUGUCUCGAAGAGCACAACCAUUAUUGUAUUAAUGGUAACUGCAUAUUUCACACAGAACUAAAGAUGCCCAUCUGCAGGUGUAUUACUGGUUACAGCGGCGAAAGAUGUGAAAAUGUGAUGUUAAGGUCUUAUUCAGAAUAUAGCUAUGAAGGCUACAUUGCUGUCGGGAUUGGUGCUGCAAUGUUGUUCAUUGGAAUUUUUGCUGUAAUCUACUGCUUCAUAAGGAAAAGGUAGGAAAGAUAA